AUGCGCGCUUCUCUCGACUCCACUCUUCUUAUCCUCGCCAACGUCUUGGCAGUCGAGGCUCAGUCAUGCCCUGAUAUUCACAUCUUUGGCGCCCGUGAAACUUCAGUUGCGCCAGGCUUUGGCUCAGCUGGUCAGCUAGUCGAUAUGAUCAAGGCUGAUCACCCUGGCGCAACUUCAGAGGCAAUUGACUACCCUGCUUGCGGUGGCCAGGCUUCAUGUGGCGGCGUUCAGUAUGGUGACUCUGCGAAACAGGGUACUCAAGCUGUCACCACUGCUGUGAAUGGUCUCAAUCAGCGCUGCCCUCAGACAAAGAUUGUCCUGGUCGGUUACUCUCAGGGUGGCCAAAUCAUGGACAACAACAUCUGUGGAGGCCCUGACUCUGGAGCUGGCAUUUCUGAUUCAUCCGUUCCUCUCUCUGCUAGUGCAGUUCAACAAGUUAAGGCCGUUAUCAUGCUGGGUGACCCUCGAUUUGUGAGCGGCCUAUCUUACGGAGUCGGUACCUGCACCGCUGGCGGCUUUGAUGCACGACCUGCAGGCUUCAGCUGCCCUAACGCCGAUAAGGUCCAGAUCUACUGCGAUUCUCAGGAUCCCUUCUGCUGUAAUGGAAACGACUCCAACCACCACCAACAAUACGUCAGCAUCUACGGAAAAGAGGCCUUGGCGUUUGUCAACAGCAAGCUAUAA